AUGCUAGUCUCUAGGACUGUGAAUCGUGUUUUCCAAAAGGAGCGAAUUAUCAGAAUUAGCGUCAGCAACCUGCAUCUUGACCGCACAGCUUGUGUGUCCACACUGGCUUCCCCCAACUCAAAAUCGAGCCCCACCAGAAACUUCAACCUUACAACCUCUCGGGCCCAACAGAUCUCAAGACACCUCUCUACCCAGACAUCGCGAAAUCUCGAGAUGAGUUCACUCCCGAUCAGCGAGAAGGGCUAUCAUGCCAAUGCCCCCGGCGGAUACUCUGUCAGAAAGAACGGGGCGCCCAAUUCACUGGAGCACCGCAUCUACGUUGAAAAGGAUGGGGUGCCCUUGUCACCGUUCCAUGACAUCCCUUUGUACGCCAAUGAGCAGCAGACUGUUCUCAACAUGAUUGUGGAGAUUCCACGAUGGACUAACGCCAAGAUGGAGAUUUCCAAGGAAGAGAAAUUGAACCCAAUCAAACAAGAUAUCAAGAAAGGCAAGCUUCGCUAUGUCCGCAAUUGCUUCCCUCACAAAGGUUACCUCUGGAACUACGGGGCGUUCCCUCAGACCUGGGAAGACCCAAAUGUUCUCCACCCGGAGACCAAGGCCAAGGGUGAUAACGAUCCCCUCGACGUCUGCGAGAUCGGUGAGCUUGUUGCAACUCCAGGACAAAUCAAGCAAGUCAAAGUCCUCGGAGUCAUGGCCCUGCUCGACGAGGAGGAGACCGACUGGAAGAUCAUUGUCAUUGACGUCAAUGACCCAUUGGCACCUCGACUCAACGACAUUGAGGAUGUCGAGCGACACCUACCGGGCCUGUUGAGGGCUACCAAUGAGUGGUUCCGUAUCUACAAAAUUCCGGACGGAAAGCCAGAAAAUCAGUUUGCUUUCUCAGGCGAGUGCAAGAACAAGAAGUACGCCACGGAUGUCAUUCGCGAAUGUGCGGAGGCCUGGGAGAAGUUGAUCACUGGCAGGACUCAGCCGGGUGGCAUUUCUUUGACCAAUGGGACCGUCCCGCAUUCCCCAGACCGUGCGGAUGCGAGCUCCCUCAAAAUCCCCCGGCAUGAAGACCUAGCUCCCAAGCCUAUCGACGGGAUUUAUGACAAGUGGUUCUUCAUUUCUGGCGCUGCCGUCUAA